AUGACGGAACCCGAGGGCGGGGGCGCUAUGUUGGAGCUCGAAGGGAGGCUGGCGUGGAUCCGAGGCUACCAGGGUGCGGUUCCAGCAAUGGACUGGGGCUUCGAGGUCGUCGACGACGACGAAGAUGAGGCCACAUCGGAGGAGGGUGGUCAGGCGGACGAUUACGGCGGGCAGUUGGACGAGGCUCCUUCGUCCAAAACAAUCACUGAGGAGGAAAUCGCAGUGGGCGAUGAUAUGGAGGAGGAGGGCGGCCCGGCGGCGCUGAAACACGGAGGGGACGGCGCAGAAGAACUUUGCAAAAACGAGGUCGCGGAGGAGUGGAGGGCGGAAGUGGAGGAGGUAGGCAGUUUUGAGGAAUUCAGCGGGAGCGAGUAUGGCAGUGACGGUGGUGUGGACCAGCAUCGGUGUGGACCAGUGUCGACAGUGACGGCAGUGAUGGCGAUGAAAGCUAUGGAGGUACCUCUCGCAUGGGCCAAUCACCUAGAGCCCGACCGUUGCUCGUCUAGCGAAGACAGCGUUGAUGACGAUUGCCCUCAGCUAGCCUUGGCAGCUGGACCAUCGCCGCAAUGCGACGAGGCUGCUUUAGACGAUGGCCUGCGGCAUAGCGACAGUGCUGAUGAGGCUGCUCCCCAUCUAGAAUCCGAAGGAGCUGCAAAGGUGGUGAUCUCCGCAAUCGCUCGCGCCGUGCGGAGGGCAGUGGUGACGGUCGCAGUUGCGUCGGUCUUGCGUGGCGUUGUCAACGCGGCGAGUCCCCCGACACCCGAGAAGGUGCCGCAGAGGACAACGGCGUUGUUCGUGGGGUCUCCCCAGCUAACGCCGUCGUUGGCAGCGAGAGAGACCUCGCCAAGCGAGUCGCUAGACUGGGAGGAAACUUACUUUGUCGACAGUGACAGGCCGUGUGUGACGAAGAUGGAGGGCGAUGCGACGGCAGGUGAGGUGGAAGCAGCAAAGGGGCUGGAAGGUGAAGAGACGGCGGAGAAGCAAGCGCUUGGCGAGGUUGGAACCUGCGAGGCGACGGAGGCUGCUGCGAGUGGUUGCGUUGCCUUGUGUAGCAAAGAGCCAGCAGAGAUGAAGCUGCUGCGGGAGGCAAUGGCAGCGGCGCAGCUGUCGGAGGGAUGCGACGAUGAGCUCGAGCGGUUGCGAUCGGAGUUUGAGGCACUACGGAAGGAGCUGGCACAAACACAGAGCGCCGCGUGCUUGGCGCUGCACUCCGCAGCGCCGGGACGGGUGAUGCCAUCGCAAGACGCGGAGGCUAUGGAGUCAGCAAACGACAUUGACAUUGCAACCUCCUGCAGCUAUCACCGAGAGUCCAUCGCCGACUGUCUACCGUCGGACAUGCCAACGUGGGACUCGCUCGAGAGCAACGAGACCGAUCGUCGGAGGGCCCAAAUCGAGGCGGGCGAGUGUUCCAUCUUCACCUACGGGCGACCGGGGUCCUGGGCGAUCGAGGCAAUCGGUAUCGGAGCCAAUCCGACGAUGCCGCAGCUGCUCGACCGCGUCGAGAUGGAGCACGCAAACUGCUUGCAUUUGGCGCCGGCGGGAGCACCGCUCCCGUCCCGCCGCAGAAGGAGUAACCGGCACGGGGGUACUGGGUAG